UGCGUGAUGGCGGAGCGCGGAGACGGUCGAUCCACGCAGUGACACUCGAACCCGAACCGGUACCGACCGGCCCGAGGGACAGCUGAGAGAGUCAGUCGCUGUGAGCCGAAGCUUCAGGAUGAGAUGAGAGCCGCACUGCUGUCGCUGAGUGGUGUUUAGAGCGGCGUGAUGGCGGAGGAGCGAUGCCCGCAGCUGGUGGAUUACUUCGUGGUGGCGGGUCUGGCGAGCGACUCUUCCCCGCGGGUCGAGGAGGCUCAUCAGAGGGGCAUUCGCGCUCUGCAACCCGUCACGGAUCUCGCUGUGAUCGCCCGCGGCCUCGGAGAGGACGUCCCCGAGGGCUUCACAUGCAUCGAGAAAACACAAGCAGGCCAUCCGGCGGAGCUGAGCGCGGGACUGAUGAACAACACACACAUGUUCCUGUGCUACCGGAGAGGACACGACAAGCCUCCCAUCGUAGAGCUCGGUGUGCUGUACGAGGGCAAGGACCCGGUGCGCCCGGGAUGGCAUCUGAUCGAGACGACCCCGUACAGCCGGUCGGCCAGCCUGAGCUCCAGCGGCCCCGGGACACACAGAACCUUCCUGAUGUUCCGCCGGGCCCCGGACUCUCAGGCGCUGAACACACUCGGCGUGACCGAGAUCUCGCUGCUGAUGCCCAGCAAGGGCGAGACGGCACCGCACACUUACUGCCGAGUGGACAAGAACCUCAACACUGGCAUGUGGGGUCCCGCGCUGUAUCUUUGCUACAAGCGUUCAGUGUCUAAAGCAAACGCUCUGGUGUACGAAGCAGGUCUGAUCAGCCGGUAUCCCGAGGAGGAUCUGGAGUCGUUUCCUCUGCCAGAUUCAGUGCCGGUGUUCUGCCUCCCGAUGGGAGUGUCGGUGGAGAGCUGGCCACUCAACACCAAAUACCAGCUGCCCGUCUUCUCCACCUUCGUCCUCACCAGCGCCUCCGGAGACAAGGUGAGUGUGUGUGUGUGUGUGUGAGAGAGUGAGUGAG